AUUUUAGUUCGCUUUCUCCGGCGGGUCCGGCUGUUUUCUGUCUCUCUCUCCUGAUCUGCCGCUCUGCUCUCCUCUUCAGUCGUGUGAACAGCUUUAUCUCCAGUUUACUGUACAAUAAGUGAAUAAGAUGCCGAGCCAGCCGCUGCGUGUGGCGGUCGUUUGCUCCAGUAACCAGAACCGCAGCAUGGAGGCUCACAACAUCCUGAGCAAGCGCGGUUUUGACGUGCGAUCGUUCGGGACGGGAACCCACGUGAAACUCCCCGGACCGGCUCCGGACAAGCCAAACGUGUACGACUUCAAAACCACAUACGAACAGAUGUACAGCGACCUGGUCCGAAAAGACAAGGAACUAUACACACAGAACGGUAUUCUGCACAUGCUGGAGCGGAAUAAGCGCAUUAAGCCGAGGCCGGAGCGGUUCCAGAGCUGUAAAGAGCAGUUUGAUCUGGUCAUCACCUGCGAGGAGAGAGUGUAUGACCAGGUGGUGGAAGAUCUGAACUCUCGUGAGCAGGAGACGUUCCAGCCUGUCCACGUCAUUAACGUAGACAUACAGGACAACCAUGAGGAGGCCACACUCGGAGCGUUCCUCAUCUGUGAGCUCUGCCAAUGUAUCCAGCACACUGACGAUAUGGAGAACGAAAUAGAUGAGCUGCUGCAGGAGUUUGAGGACAAGAGCAGUCGUCCGUUCCUCCACACGGUCUGCUUCUACUGACCACUUCAUAGUCACACACAUAUAUGCACAUAAGAGCCCCUACGGAACAUGAAUGACAUACAUAGACAUAAGAACACACACGCAGAGUCUCCUGGUCUGAACGUCACUUGUGCUGGUCUGGUCACUCAGUCCAGAGACUUCAGGCUCACCGCUGUUUAGUCCAGGCCUUGAACUUUAACUGCUACAGCGGCCACCUCAGGGCUCGUUUCAUAGAGCAGUUAUCUGGAUAACUUGAGCCUAAAGUGGGGAAUAGACGAGCUGAGGGUAUUUUCAAACAAUAAUAAUGGCGACUUUAUAUGCGCCGUUCAUGCAUCUCAAAGUGCUUCGCUCUGUAUGAAAUAAUGUAAAUAACAACGAAUAGCAGAAUAAAUUAGCAUAAAAAUAAACAAGCAUUAUUGAACGAUCCUCCAUUCUGGCUUACUGAGAAUCCCUGCUUUAUUAAAUCUGCGCUGUUCCAUGUGGUGUUGGACAAAGCUGGAUUAAUCAGCUGGAUAAUUUAAGCUAGAAGUCAGGAUUGGCCAACAGGAGAAGAGCUGAGCACAGACUGUAGUUGGUCAGAGCCCAGUUUAGGCUUGAAUUAUCCAGUCGGCUAUGAAAUCCUUUGUGAAUUGUGCCCUAAAAUAGCACAGCGAGCCCUACAUUCUCACACAGCCUGUCACACUGAAACACACUGACACCAUUCAGAAAGCACACACACACACAC